GGUAACUGUUCAAUGGUAGAUGAAAAUGACAUUGAUAUUCAAAGAUUACAGUUCUCUAAUUCAACCCUUUGCACAACAUUUAUUAACAUUACUGGUCUUGAUGAUAUGUCGUGUUAUGUUUUUGGUGUACGUUCAUACACUGUUAAUAGAUAUGGAAAAUGGACAGUUAUUGCUAAUGAGACAUUAACUCUACCACCACAGCCAUCAACUAGUAAAAUUUUCACAACAUCAGUUCAAUUAGAUACUUCUAGCUCAUCAACUGGGUAUUGUUCAAUAAAUUGUCCUUUAUGUAACUCCACUUCAGUUGUAACUGCUACUCCAGUUUCAGUAAUCCCAUCAACUCGUGAUACAUCCAAUAGCAUUAUUGCUCUCAGUGUGUUAGUGGGUAUAUUGUGUUGUCUAUUAACUGUCAGUAUCAUUAUUAACAUCUACUGCUUUAUAAGGAAGAAGAGUUCAUAUACUGUUAAUAAGAAGCAAACCAAAGUUGAUGAUGAUAUUGCAAUGCAAGUAUGUGAACCAUACGAAAUUCACAAGACUAAACAAAGUGAAGAGAAUGAAGGAGUCUAUGAUGAAUGCCAAACAUCACCUGAUGAUGUUUAUGAACAUAUGCCACAAUAAAUGUAACAGUUUAAUAUACAGCAGAGUAUUGUUGAAAUUUUUCCAUUAUAGUUUUAGUAUAGCAUAGUUGAUAUUGCAUAAUAGAUUUAAGAAGGC